GCUGUUGCCAGUCACUCAAUGGCAAACACCUUCCGCUACCAUCCAGUAUAGAAAUUGAGCGAUCAGAAGGCCGGCGCGUGGACAAAAGCAGCAGAUUUGAAAGGCUUGGCCGCGGUGUACCCAAGACUUCCAGAGAAUAUGGUGAAGCCCGAUAGCGAAGUCUCGAAGCUUGGAUUGGAAGCUCUUCCAGUCGAAUCGGCACUUCCCACAGAUGUUCCUAUCGAGGAAAAAGCGAUCAUUCCUCCUCCUCCACCGCAGCCAGUGAUCGCUCCUGACGGAGGUGCCAGAGCAUGGCUCCAAGUGUUGGGAUGUUGGCUAGUUUUCUUCAAUGUUUGGGGCACAACAUUUGCUUUUGGCAUGUUCCAGAGCUAUUACGAGCUAGAGUUAUUGCCGAAUAAGUCUUCUUCCACGAUAUCAUGGAUCGGCACCGUUGCAACCUAUCUUCUAAUCGUUGUUGGCGUUAUUUCUGGACCAUUGUUUGAUCUGGGCCACUACCGGACAAUGCUGUUCGGAGGCGCGGCCUUGUCAUCGUUCGGAUUCAUGAUGUUGAGCCUGGCAACUGAAUACUACCAGAUCAUGUUGGCGCAAGGCAUAUGCCUGGGUCUGGGGACCGGAAUCCUGUAUGUUCCGGGAAUCGCACUCGUCAGCCGUUCGUUCUCCAGACGUCGAGCAAUAGCCCUGGGCAUCGUUACUUGUGGUGCACCGUUCGGCGGUAUCGUUUACACCAUCACCUUCGAUCAACUGAUAGAUUCACACGGAUUCGCUUGGACGGUCAGGAUCAUGGGAUUCAUCAUGAUAGCAUCAUACAUAAUUGCAUUUCCCCUGUUGCUAUGGGGAGCUGGCAAUACCGGAGACAUUAGCACCGGCACUGCUCGAAAACUCUUCGACAAAGCUGCGUUCAAGGACUUGCCAUUUUGGUUGUACAGUUGGUCUUGUUUCUUCUUGUUCUUCGGCUAUAUGGUCCCUUUCAUCUACAUACCCAGCUAUGGUCAGAUCAAGUUAGGGAUGUCCCGAUCACUAUCUCUCUACACCAUCGUGAUUGCUCAAGCUGUGUCCAUCGUCGGCCGUCUUCUUGCUGCCUAUAUCGCAUCGCGGAUAGGCGUCAUGAUUCCAUGGCUGAUCAGUGGCGCCCUCUCCGCGGUCAUGUGCUUGGCCUGGGCUGGUAUUCAUGAUACUGCCUCUUUUAUAGCUUAUGCAGCAUUGUACGGCGGCUUCAGUGGGCCCCUUAUCCCCCUACCACCCAGCAUCUUCCCUGUCGUCUGCCCUGACCCGAAGGUGCUUGGGGCUCGACUUGGGAUGGCUCAAGCCAUUGGUGCUACAGCCUCGCUCAUAGGAAGUCCUAUAGCUGGAGCUCUUAUCCGUGACAACGGACGCAAGUAUCUCGGACUACAACUGUUCAGUGGCUUCGUCAUGCUGAUUGGAGCUGGGCUACUGGUGUGUUUGUGGAUGACGCUGGUCAAGCGUAGAAAUUGUAAGGUAUUGAUAUAGUCCAGUGGAUGCACACUUGUGAUCAACUUUGCUGGCGUACUUUAUUGGCACGCCGGGCUCACCGGACAUGGAGGCAAGCAAUCUCUUUCAAGGCGUCCCCUAAUGGCAACGAGAAUCGGCCUGGACCUACCCAGCCUCAUGAGCGCAGCGUCAUUCUACCCAAACUGGAGCUUGUCACCCGCGCCGAAAGCCGCAAGGGCUAGGAGUGCUGGAAACAUGCAGAGAUGUACUUGAACAUUCUCUGUCCUCGGCCUAUCUUACAUAACCACGACAAAAGGUGGUAUACUUAUAUACAGCCUGUACACUGAAGCCGCACAGCACUCAUAUAUACAUGGCAUCACGUCCACCGUUAGGUGUUCCUAUGGCCGUGUUGGCACGACGUCAAGCUUGUGAGAAGUCUGGACUCCCAGGUUCCACUGCUUUCAGUACGGUCGAAGCCUGCCCAAGGCACACAAAUAGUCAAGCUCAGACCCAGCAAGAGCUUGCUUGAAGACGGAUGAUGUUGAGAAGAUCCAGGAUGUCCGGAAACUUGAGUCGCGCCCUAGAUUUGUGUGGACUCGCAACGUCGAUUCUAUUUCGGGUACUUCUUCCAACCUCUUCCGUGGCCACGCUGUAGGAGGGUUGUUAG